AUGGAGAAAACCGGUAUCAUCACACGAUUGCGACGAUUAGGCAUUUCAUCGCUCUUGGCUCUGGUCUCUGGGGGAGCUAUUCUAACCCUGGUGGCCGUGAACGGUCUUGUCUCACCAGAUGGCGCCUUCGAUAAUCCUGCAAAAAACGAGCAGGAGUCUCGCUUCUAUUUCGGUGCCAAUUACCACCUACAAGUGUGGUUAGCCAUCGUCGGCGUCGCCUUCGGGCUGCUCUCCUACGGCUUUGGAGAAGCAUAUGUCCACCUGUUCGACUGGUGGUGCAGUCGCCAGGCAAUGAAGGAUGCCGGUCUCGACUAUGGCCGCUAUCUCAACUCUCAACCGCGAGCGCCAGUUCUGUACGGACUGAGAGGCUUCCCGGCCUUUACGACUCUCCGUUACUUCAUCCUUCUGGUCUCAGUUGCUGCCUCCAUUGGCUACAAGUUUGGCAUCAUCAACGUGACCACUUUCGCCUAUGAUCAAGUCGAACCCCGUCUGGUGGAGCUACAACUACCACCAAUUAAGGGAUUGGGGGCUGAUGGGACUCCCAGCCCGUGGUUCAGUGACGCGCCUUUAGGGUCGAAUAAUCAAGCCUUCCAGCAUGAGAUCGUUUAUUCCAACCGAAGCGCUCCAUCCUCAUAUACGGAAGCAGCCAGGAUGGAGCCACCGCUGAGCAUUGUCAUGACCGGGUGGGCCAGCUGCUACAGUAUAUUAUUCAACCGGGUUGAUUCGGGAUACAUCUAUUCGAGGGAAGUCGUCAUGGUGGCCAAUCUAACAGAAGAGGAGGGCGAGUUCUCCAUGGGAGCCAACGACAAAGGCUGGAUGAGGCAGAGGACAUCGUCAUGGCGCUGGUUCAGCGACCCUUCCUGGCCAGCAGUGGUGGAAUAUCGAAUCGUGAAGCCAGGACAGAUUCAAAUCCAGUGGGCGAGACUCGGGCCGUGGUACAGCGACCCCACAUCGACCGUCCGCGCAAAGGUGCAACGCCGCCUCACGUACAACAUCCGAUAUGCUGUCGCCGAAGUCAGUCGCAUCGUAUCCGGCAGUUCGUGCUCCCGAUUGAGCGACUCGAGGGGCGAAAUCGACUUGGUCCGCAUCUUCUCCGUGGACAGUGAGGUUCCGCAGACCGAGCACAGUGAUGGCUCGCUACCACUGUUUCGUAAUUGGGUAGAUGCCAUCGUCUACAGCGAGGAAGCAACGAUAUGUGAGGGCGUGGGGGCGUUUGUCCGUGCAGUGAUGGCAGGAUGGGCGUCUGAAGGUCUAGAUGUGAUCGGGGGUCGCAAAAUCCGUCAUCUUCGCAACGAUGAGGAGCCUUUUGGCACAGAAGACCGGGCGGUUGGCUGGCGCUCGAGGUUUGCUAACUUCAUGGACUAUCCGUUCUAUGCUGGCACUAGAACUGGUGAAUAUAGAGGAUGUCGUACCGAUGCUGCCAUCAUAUUCCUGAUUCUGGGCGUUCUGGCGAUGGCCGUAGCCGCCACUCGCGCCUUUGUCGGCCCUCCAGUACUGACAUCUUGGACGGCGCAGCAUGUAUAUCUUGUCAGGGCGGGAGCUUUGUCCCUCGAAGAGAAGAUUGAGGAGUUGGAAACUGGGUACAAGGCCGCCAACGUUCGCCUCGGCAGGUUGAGGCUGGAAACAGAAACGAAUGAGGAUGCGAAGCCCUUGACUUCGGAAUAUCGCAAAGUUGAUUUUUGA